AUGGCGUCCAGAUUGUUGUCGAAUACCCUCCAGACACGCUCCAUUGUGGCCAACCAGCUCUCGCGUUCAAUGGCCACUGCUGCCAAGCAAGGCGCUGCUACUCGUACCACUGUUCUCCCUAAUGGUCUUACUAUUGCCACUGAAAACAACCCCAGCGCUGGUGCUGCUACUGUUGGUGUUUGGAUUGAUGCUGGCUCUCGUUUGGAAUCCGUUCAAACUCAUGGUGUUGCUAAUGUUUUGGAGCGUGCUGCUAUUCAGGGCAAGGCUGCAUCAUUGGAAAAGCUUGGUGGUGUUUCCCAAUCCCAAACUACUCGCGAGCAAACUUCCUUCUCGACCACUGUUCUUGGUUCCAGCAUCUCUGAAGCUGUUCAAGUCUUGGGUGAUUUGAUCCAGACCACUGAAUAUAGCGAAGCUGCUGUUCGUGAAGCUGCCAAGCAACAAGGUGAACCCUCCGUUGGCCAAGUUGUCUUUGAUCAUUUGCAUGCUACUGCUUUCCAAGGUGAAGCUCUUGGUCGCCCUGUUGCCGGUUAUCACACUGAAAGCUUGACCCCUAAGGAUCUUGCUGCUUUCCACAAGGACAACUAUGUCGCUAAUCGUAUGGUCUUGGUUGGUGCUGGUGAUGUUGACCAUGAUCAACUUGUCAGCGAGGCUGAAAAGGUGUUUGGCAAUGUUGCAUCCGGCGAUCUUGUUGAGACCGAGUUGCCAGCUUUCACUGGUUCUGAAGUUCGUUUGCGUGAUGAUGUUCUCCCCACCGCUCACGUUGCCAUGGCUGUUGCCGGUGCUGGUUACUUGACCCCCGACUACUUUAACCUUGCUGUCAUGUCCUCCUUGAUUGGUUCUUGGGAUCGCACUCUUGGUGGUGCCGCCAACUUGACCUCUCGUCUCUCUACUGUUGUUAACAAGAACAACCUUGCUGAUUCGUUCGUCUCCUUCAACAAGGCCUACAAGGAUAUUGGUCUCUGGGGUGCUUUCUUUGCUACCUCCAACCGCAACCAAAUUGAUGAUAUGGUCCACUUUUUGCAAAAGGAAUGGAUUCGUCUCUCCACCACCGUCACCGAUAGCGAAGUUGAAAUUGCCAAGCAACAACUCCUUGGUAAGCUUCAACUUGGCCCCUCUGCAUCCACCAUUGAUGCUGCUCAAGAUAUUGGUUCCCAAGUCCUUGUCGCUGGCAAGCGUUUCAACGCUGCUGAACUUAAGGAGGCCAUUGGCAAGAUCACCGCCAAGGAUAUUCACAAGACCGGUAGCAAGUAUCUCUGGGAUCAAGAAGUUGCUGUCGUUGGUCACGGUCCUGUCGAGUCCUUGACUGAUUACAACAGAGUUCGCGGCUUCAUGUCAUACAACCGAUUCUAA